CGUACCGACCCCCACCACCCACCUCGCCAUGACUUACCCCCUCAGCGAUCGCGAGGCAGCAAUCACUCCUACCACUAUCCAAUUAUCAGCCUCGUCAUCGUCUACAAUGGAAGAAGCUCAAUCCGACAAGUCGAUAGCUAAUAACAAUAAGCCUAUCAAGGGUAUCUUUUCCGAGCCCGGCAGUCUUCCCUUGCCAGAUGCUGGUCACCACUCAUUAGGCGUCGUCUGGGAGAAUGUCACAGUCGAAGGAUCUGGUGGCAGUAAAAAACUCACCGUGCAAUCGUUCGACAUGUCUGCUCUGAGAGUAUUCUAUGUCUGGGGCUUUGUCAAGAAGAUAUUCCAAAUAACAACCGGACCGACUCGCCCGCUCAUCCAGAACUUUUCCGGUGUGGUUGAAGAGGGAGAGGUCCUCCUCGUCCUCGGUCGCCCUGGCUCCGGCUGCUCUACUCUUAUGCGAGCCUUGUCCAAUGUCACCGAACCUUUCGUGGCGGUCAAGGGUGACAUUGCGUACUCUGAUAUCCCUGCUCACGAAGCCAAAAAGUAUUAUGACGGCGAGAUCGUCUUCAACGCCGAAGACGACGAAAAUAUUCCCCUUCUCACUGUCGAAGAGACUCUAAAGACUGCUAUCCGCCUGAAAGAACCCCGGAAGAAGGCCAACAAAGAGAAAAGAGGGGAGUACGUCGAAAGCAUCUUCAGCAAUCUCUUGCAUACGUUCGGUAUGCCUCACACAAGAAAGACCAAAGUUGGCGACCAAUUCAUCCGCGGUGUCUCUGGAGGUGAACGAAAGCGUGUCUCCCUUUCCGAGAUUCUUACGACAAAUGCCGCUGUCAUCUGCUGGGACAACCCCAUCCGUGGCUUGGACUCUGCUGUCGCUCUCCAUUUCUACCGAGUGUUGAGGGAGCUUUCCAAGUCUCUGGGGAUGGUCAACAUCAUCUCCACAUACCAGACGGCUCAAGACGCUUGGGAGUGUGUCGACAGAGUCGUGGUCAUCUACGAGGGCCGUCAGAUCUACUCUGGCCGGGCUAGCAAGGCUCAGGCUUACUUCGAGAAUAUGGGAUGGUACAAGAAGCCCCGGCAGACCACCCCCGACUUCUUGACCGCCGUGACUUCCGAGAACGAGCGUCGACCUCGAGAAGGCUACGAGCACUCUGUCCCUACCACCCCAGAACAGUUUGAAUGCUACUUUCUCGAAAGCGUCGAGUUCAAAGAGCUCCAACAGGAUAUUCAGUCUUACAAGGAGCGUCAUAGCGAGUCUUCUCACUCUGACGAGUUUAGAAAGGCAGUCAAGAGAAUGAAGCACCACGGUGGUGGCAAGAAGACUCCCUACAGACAAAACUUUGCGAGCCAGGUUGCCAUCUUGUGCAAGAGGCAGUAUCAGCAGACGAUGAACGACAAGCGAAGCUUUGCCUACCGAAUCGGGUCCAAUGUCCUCCAAGCUACUCUCGUCGGCGCAGUCUGCUACAAACCCAAGAGCAACGCCCAAGGCUCAUUCGCCAUCGCCGGUGCCCUCUUCUUCAGCAUCUUGUACUAUGUCAUCUUUGGUCUCGGUGAGAUUCCGGCAACCGUCAACUCUCGACCACUCUUCAAGAAACAUCGCGCUCUCGGCUUCUACCACCCCGCCGCCAACACCAUCGCCCAAAUCGUCUGCGACAUUCCCAUUUACAUCCUCCAAACUCUCCUCUUCUCCAGCAUCUUCUACUUUCUCGUCGGGCUCAACUCUGGCGCAAAGUACUUUUUCACAUUCUGGUUCAUCGUGUUUACGCUGUAUGAGACGGUCUCGGUCAUGUACCGUAUGAUCGGGUCGUGGUCGCCGAACGUAUCGGUGGCUAUCCGGUAUGGCGUGUUGGCGCUUUCGACAGUGCUAUGUACCGCUGGCUUUGGUCUCCCGCCCCCUGAGCAAUUACGCUGGAUGUCCUGGCUACGCCGCGCCAACCCAGCAGCUUGGGCCUUCGAAGCCCUCAUGGUCAACGAAUUCCAAACCCGUACUCUCCAUUGCGACUCUACCAGCCUCAUCCCUUCCGGAUCCGGCUACGACAACACGGCCUACCAGACUUGUUCUAUCCGAGGAGCAAGCGCCGGGCAGGUGGAUGUACCAGGGAUGCAGUAUGUGCAUGAAGUUUAUGGAUAUACGCAGGGGACGGUGUGGAGAGAUAUCGGUCUCAUGUGGGCCUUCUUUGUCGCUUAUGUCUGUCUUAUCAUUGUCGGCUCCAACCUCCUCAUCCGUGACACUCCCGAAUCCUCUCAGAAGGUCUACAAGCGCGGAGCCGAGACCCGCACCCUCACUUCGCGCGAAAAGACUGAAGAAGGCAAAGCCGCCCUCGACAUGUUCAAAGGUCCCGGUAGCCAGGCUGAGAAAGAGACGCCGGUGUAUACAUUCAACGAUGUGCGGUACACAGUCCAGGUAGACGGGAAGGAUAAGCCGUUACUGAAUGGGAUUUCUGGGUAUGUCAAGGGCGGGUCCUUGACAGCUCUUAUGGGUGCUUCUGGUGCAGGCAAGACGACGCUUCUGGAUACGAUCUCUUUGCGCAAGACGACUGGCAAGAUCGAAGGUGUCAUGACCAUCGACGGCAAGCCUCUCGACUCUACCUUCUCUCGCUCCACCGGAUUCGCCAUGCAAUCCGACAUCCAUGAGCCCAUGUCUACUGUCCGCGAGUGUCUUCAAUUCUCCGCCCUCCUGCGUCAGAGCAACAACAGGACGCGACAAGAGAGGUUGGACUUUGCGGAGGGCAUCAUCAAGCUUUUGGAGCUGCAAGACAUUGCAGAUGCGUUGAUUGGUGUUCCAGGAGCCGAUGGAUUGGGUGUUGAGGAGCGUAAGCGCGUCACUAUUGGUGUCGAGCUCGCUGCAGACCCCGAGUUCCUGCUCUUCCUCGACGAGCCCACCUCGGGCCUCGACUCCCAAGCUUCCUACGAGAUCGUCCGUUUCCUCAAACGUAUCGCGGCCUCCGGUCUCGCUGUGCUCUGUACGAUCCACCAACCGUCGGGCGACUUGUUUGAGAUGUUUGACUCGGUCGUGCUUCUGGCGCCAGGUGGACACACUGUCUACAUGGGAGAGACUGGAGAACACGCCAGUACUGUCGUCAACUACUUUGCGUCUAGAGGUGCCGACUGUCCGCCCGAGGCGAACCCUGCUGAGGUGCUUUUGAACACCGUUGCGCCCGUUGGAGGCACUACAGUCGACUGGCCUGGGCUCUGGAAAGAGUCCCCUGAGGCCGCAAACGUCCAAGCCAAGAUCAGCGAAUACACUUCUCGCCACCAGCACAAGUCUGCCGACCUGGAAAAGCAAAGCGAUGCAGAACCCGAGGAGGGACAUGAUGCUUAUGCGUCUUCCUUCAUGGUCCAGACCAAAGAACUGGUUGUAAGAAACUUCAGGGCUCAGUGGCGAGAUGGCUCCUUCUGGACUACGCAAAUGGUCCUCACCAUCUUCUUCGGCCUUUUCGUCGGCUUCUACUUCUUCCACAUCGACCACACUCCAAGCAACAUGUCCGCUGCCUCCCUCUGCCUCUUGGUCACCGUCCAAGCCAUGCCGGGAAUAGUAAUGGACGUGGGUAUCAACUACCUCGCCAAACUCGACAUGUACCUCGCCCGAGAAAGGCUGGGUAUCUACUCAUGGCAGGCACUGAUCACCUCGCUGCUCGUGGUCGCGAUGCCAGUACUUUUGCUCGGCUGGAAUAUCCUGUUCUUCUGUUUCUACUGGACGGCGGGAUUCGUUGGGACGCCUGGGGAUGGAGUGUUGAUCUGGCUUUGUUUCGUCUUGUGCGCGUUCUUGACUGCAGGCUUUGGUAUUCUUUUGGGUGCUGUCUCACCCGAAAGAAUGUCUCUGCCUUACAUCCUGUCUCUCGUUUGGAACUUACUCAAUACUCUGUCAUGGGCUCUGGUGUUCUACGACGCCCUUCCUGCGCCUUUCCACUACUUUUUCAGUUGGCUAUCUCCUCUUCGAUACCUCUACGGCGCCCUCAUGACCGCCUCGCUCGUCCACCUCCCACUCACCUGCACCGCCAAAGACCUCAUCACCUUCAACCCCCCGUCCGGCCAGACCUGCAUCGACUAUGCUGCUUCAUACCUGUCCACCACAUCAGGAUAUCUAGUAAACCCAGAUGCCACGUCUGCGUGCCAGUACUGCUCAAGUAGCACCGGAAGCGACUAUGUGAAGGAGAUGGGCUUUUCGGAAGGCACAAUGUGGCGAGACUGGGCUUUGACUAUCGUCUGGUGUAUCUCCAAUGUCGCCUUCUGCUUCCUGUUCACUUGGCUGAUAAAGAUCCGACCCCUGUACAAGAAGAGCUAGAGAGACAGCCCGGCGUUUGGCUCUUAUCAGAAGUCUAUAGAAUAUAAUGUUCGUUUGGGUA